AUGGGCUCUCUAAGUCUUCCUCGUCUGUACAUCCUCGAUACAGACCUCUCCAACUUCCCCCAUCCCAAGGGUCGCAUUCUGUCAUGCAACACUGAUGGAUCCGACCUUUACACAGUUUUCGACAACAUGUCCACCAUGCCCGAUGGCAUCGCUAUCGACCAAAAUAAUGGCUUCAUGUAUUGGACAAACAUGGGUCCUACCUUCAAGUCUAACGAUGGCUCUAUUGAACGAUCGUGGCUAAACGGUUCUGAGAGAACAACCAUUGUUGCGUCAGGAUCAAUUGGCGUCCAUACUCCAAAGCAGCUUACUAUUGCAAAAAAGAGUAGAAAGCUGUAUUGGUGUGACAGAGAGGGCAUGAAGGUCAUGCGCUGCAACCUUGAUGGGUCUGAUAUCGAGGUCCUUGUCUCCACUGGGUCAACAGCCGAAGAUAAGAAGGAUAUGUCUCGAUGGUGUGUAGGCAUCACAGUCGACGAGACAAAUUGCUACUUUUACUGGUCCCAAAAAGGCCUGCCCAAGGGAAGCCAAGGUCGCAUCUUCCGCGCCAAGAUCAACAACCCAACGGAAGUCCAAGUUUUAUUCAUCAACCUACCCGAACCCAUCGACCUUGAGAUCGACGAGGAGACACAGACACUAUACUGGACAGACCGAGGCGAUCCACCAAAGGGCAACUCCCUCAACCGCGCCUUUGUGGGCGGAACUCCCAAGGCUGAUGCGUCAGACCGAGAGAUUCUGGCCAAGAGACUGCACGAGACAAUCGGACUUACAUUGGAUAAGACGGUAUCUAAAGCAUAUGUAACAGACUUGUCUGGUGGUGUUUAUGCGGUUGAUCUAAAGACAAAGACCAAAACUGUCUUGUUUGCAGAGCUGGGAGAUCUUACUGGAAUCGCGUUGGCAUGA